AUGUCGAAUAAUUCAUUAACUACAACGACUCGAUUACGGAUAAAGGAACCCGUGUAUACGUCUGAUAAACGAGCCAAAUUUACGCAAAGAGAAAGUAAAAAAUGGAUUCGAUUCUGUACAGUGAUAGGAUAUAUAUUUUUUGUGUCACUACCAGCGACAUCAUUGAGUAUUUAUUAUAUAUGGAUUUGGAAUCCCGAUUAUAUCAGCAGGUUUCCGCCUGAUAAGAAUAAGACAUUGAAGGCCGAUUAUAUUGCCAAGCCAAUGCCAUCAUUGGCAAGAAAAGGCAGUCAAUCAAGAUAUAAACUGGAUCUAAUUAAGGAAGGGAAUAGUAGCAGCAGAAUUAACAGAAACAUGAUUCGAGCAUCCAUGUAUCCUUCAUUCACCCCAACAACCGGACGAUUUUCGGGACAGAGACAGCUUAAAGUAUCGCAUAAAUUAUCAGAGCACAUGGAAUCGUCAGAUACCGCAGAUUAUCGAUUGAAAAUGAAACCAAACUGA